AUGUCCCAGUUGUCUCCCAGUUGCUGCCGGCGAGCUAGCUCGUAUCCGAGAGCAAAUGGAUACUUUGAGAGACGCGAUUGCUGCAAAUAUCGCCAGUCGCGCGAGCGAGGCCUAUACCGGACGGACGGGAAGUGUGACGAAGAGCGACCUUCUUGCGAAUGGUGCGAGCUCUUCUCGAGCACAGAGUGCUCCUUUUCGGUCGUACACGUUACGCAGCCCCCCAUAAUUCCGGGCUCUGAGGCCAUCACAACGCCGCAGGUGGUAUCGACAUCCUCCGGGACAAGCGAGAGUGAAGAGUCCAACGCCAAUCUGUCUGAAACUGAUGAGUUCAUCAAAGCGGAGCCGGUUUCUGGUAGUACUAUUCCCGUCGACGGUGAUUACCAAUCCGCGAAAAUGGGCGAACUAUGCGGCGUAGUCGAAGUCGAAGAUAAAUUAGUGGCAGAGGAUCCCACAGAAAUAAUGCAAGUCGGGGAGGGGUCGUCAUCGGGGUUUCCUAUGGAACCCAGUCCUCUCACCUUUCCGAGCAAGGCAGAUAUAUCGACUUGGUUUGACCCGAGUUUUUCUCUGCUGCCAUCGAGCGGUAAUGUGCAGCCGACACUACCCCAGUACUCUCUCGUUCCCUUAUCCGACGGUGCGGCCAUUGGCAACGCGGAUGAGGAACCAUUGGAUUACAAUACCAGGUAA